CGGCGGCACGGUGGCCCGUACAGCGGUGUCACUCCGACGGAAAACACUGCAAUAGUGAAAGGGUUAAAGAACAAAAAUGCUUUGUCUACGAUUGCAUGUUUGCAAAAUUUUCUAUAUUUGUAGUAGUUGUAAUUCAUGACAUAACGAAAUGUUCAUUUCUAUACUUAAAAACAAUUAGAAAAUCAAAUAGAUUUUACAUUUCAUACCUAGAAAAAUUUAAACUUCAAUUAAAAUUUAAACUUUUAAAAAUCACGCUUUAGCGUAAUGCAUGUUGCUUAUUGAUCAAACAACUUGUUCAAGAUUGUGAGAAUAUAGUACAAGUAUUUGAUAAUUCAAUAAAGAAAAAUAUUACACAACAUAUUACAGGAUUACUGCUUGUUUAUUCUGAUUUUGUGAUUCAUUUAAUCGAAUCUUCAGAAGAUGAUGGAUUUCGACUGUGUCACGAAGUACUUAUUAACAAUUCUGGCAUAAUGACGGAUAUUAAAUGUUUGUACAUACAAAAUGAUGCAAACAAAAGAUUUUUUAAGAAAUGGUAUUUCCGGAGAAUGAAUGAUGAUGCAUUAAAGAAUGAGGAAUUAGAAAAACUUGAGAGUAGCUUUGAAAAUAUUUGCUCUAUAUAUGAAGUAAUAAUUUUAAAUUUGUUUAAAUUGUAUAUUGAAUUAUGGAAUAAAUGGAAAUUGGAGAAUUAUGAAAAUUUUAAUGAAUAUUUGGAUUCAAUAGCUGUAAACGGUCAUUUGAACAUUCCAUCCAGGAGAAAUAUAAAACUUGUACUUCAAAGUGUCUGGGGAUAUAACUUAACAUCACUGGUAAAGGAUUAUUAUAGUUUAAACUAUGCCUCCAAUUUUGACGAUUAUUCGUCAGUCUCCGAAAUAAUACAGGACAUUGAUUAUAAUUAUAACAAAUAAGGAAAUGUUAGUUAUAUAAUAAAAUAUACGUCGAAAGGAAAUUGUGAACUAUAUAUAUCAAUAAAUUCUUAGUUAAAUAUA